CCAUACCUGCGUUUUAGUAGCCAUGGCUGCUCAGUGUCGAAGUUUCUUCGAUGAUGUCAAAAAAGAAUUAGAAUGUUGUGUAUGCCAAGAACAGUUUGAUGAAGUCAACGAGCCAAAAGUACUCAAAUGUCUCCACACCUUCUGUAAAUCUUGUCUAGAACAUUGGUUACGACAACAAGGUGGAAGCCGUUUAAGGUGUCCGACAUGUCGACAGAUCACCGAAUGUCCAAAUAACAACAUCAACAGCCUUCCAUCCAAUCUAUUUUACAAGCAGAUGGUGGGAAUUGUCGAGGCUUACCGCGGAAAGGGGCGAGAAGACUCACCACAUUGCGGAAACUGCGAACAACGAAGGUCGCUGAAGUUUUAUUGCUCGGAUUGCAAUUGCUUCCUUUGUGAAGAAUGCUCCAUGGCUCAUAAAAAGCUAAAGGUGCUUAGAGGCCAUCACGUCAAAGAAAUUGGAUAUUUUGUGUCGAGUGACACGCAAGAUUACGCUCGUAAACUCAGCGUUUGUAAAGAACACGAACACCAAGUUAGAUUUUAUUGUCAACAAUGUGUAACAUACAUUUGUCGUGACUGCGCCAUAUUGGAACACCGAGAUCACAACUUUGUGUCCAUCGACAAAGGAUUGGAAAGGAAGAGAUCAGAGAUCGAGACCAAAAUGGGAAGCGUUUUGGCGAACGGCUCUAAACUACGUGAGGAAAAAGAAUUCCUAAAAGCCCAAAAGAUCAGAGUGAACAAAAGCAUCGAAAAAGCGAAAGACGAAGUGCACCGAGUCGCCGAACGCAACAUAGCGUUGAUUCGACAACACGAAUCAAGCGUGACGGAACAACUCAUCAGGCAAAAAGAUGCUUUCGAGGCUAAAUUUUCAAACGCUUUAUUCCAACUGGUCGAAAACCUGACGGAUAUAGAAACCGGUUUGGAAUUUGGUAACGACAUACUUGGACGAAAUAAUCUGCCGGAGAUUUUGAACAUGGAAGAAUUACUUGAGCAACGAUUUCAGGAACUCUCUAAGCCUUCUGAUGUAAAUACGAAGUUGAAUUAUUCUGAAGUUAUUUAUGUUCCAAAUGACUUAUUGUUCCUCAAAAAUUCACAAGGCAAGUUGUUGAUAACCAAAACUGUACCUUCGUUAUCGCUGGCAGAGGGAACGGGACUAACCGAAGGAACUCAAGGCAGUGACUGCGAUUUUAUAGUUAUAACAAAAGAUCUACACGGUAAUAACACUCACAGUGAAAUAGACGAAGUCUUUGUUGACAUUAAAUCGACCCAGACAGGAACAUCCUUGAAGGUCAACAUAACAGACUCAAAAGAUGGCUGCUACAAAGUAUCCUACAAACCUGAAACUGCAGGAGAUUUUAUCGUGUCUGUAAUUGUUGCUGGUGAAGCGGUCAAAGGGAGUCCAUUCCAGUUGUAAGUGAGAGAACCAACCGUU